AUGAGUCUCGCAACGCAAAGCAACGCAACACUUGGCUCAGCACCUUCGUCCCUUGGGUCGCCUAGUUACCCUUCUUCUUCAUCAUCCCCUAUCCCCCACUUCAGGGUUGCAAGAUUUCCAGGAUCUGUUGCCCCUACCUCCGUAAACUCCCAGAUUCCUGUCAUUUCCAAUUCGGAGGCGGGACCGAAUGCAAAGGCUGAUAAAGAAAUUGAUUUGCAAAAGAUGGACAUGGAUUAUAAUGGGGAUGCGGGUUUUCUUGACCCUGAAUUGUUACAGCUGAAUGAAGUGUCUCCUUUGGCUCUUAAGUCAAAUCCUUAUGUUGCCGAGAAGCUGUUCGAGCAAUGGCUUUCCCUUCCGGAAACAACUCUUUUGGUGAAAUCAUUGUUUAACAAUGCUAAAGCAGGUGUUCCAUUGAAUGUAAGUGGAUCAGUUUCAAGCCCAAAAGCUUCUUCCAUGAACUCAAUACCUUCCAUGUUUCCUGCUGGAAGUGCACCUCCACUUUCACCAAGAAGCUCAUCUGGUUCUCCUCGGAUCACAAAACAGAGGGCAGGUCCUUCUGUUUUAGGGUCUCCUUUAAAAGUACUGAGUGAGCCAGUUAAAGAGUUGAUACCUCAGUUUUACUUUCAGAAUGGGCGUCCACCUCCUAAUGAACUUAAAGAAAGAUGCUUGUUUAGAAGCAACCAGUUUUUCUAUGGUCAUCCGGAUGGAUUACAACUGCAUGAAUUCAAACUGCUUACUAAGGAAAUUUGCAAACUGCCUUCCUUCUUCUCCACUGCCCUUUUUAAAAAGAUUGAUGUUGAUGGCACUGGUGUUGUCACAAGGGAUGCGUUUGUUGAUUAUUGGGUGAAUGGCAACAUGUUGAUAAAAGAUGUUGCAACCCAAAUAUAUACAAUAUUGAAGCAGCCUGAUUUGAGAUAUCUCACUCAGGAGGAUUUUAAACCCAUACUUCGGGAACUAUUGGCAACUCAUCCAGGUUUGGAGUUCUUACAGAGUACACCCGAAUUUCAGGAGAGAUAUGCUGAAACGGUUAUAUACAGAAUUUUCUACUACAUGAAUAGAGCAGGUGAUUCACGUCUUACCCUUAGAGAACUCAAACGUGGAAAUUUAGUUGCUGCAAUGCAGCAUGCAGAUGAAGAAGAGGACAUUAACAAAGUUUUAAGAUAUUUCUCUUAUGAGCACUUCUAUGUAAUUUAUUGCAAAUUCUGGGAGCUGGACACAGAUCAUGACUUCUUGAUAGAUAAAGAGAACCUUAUACGAUAUGGUAAUCAUGCACUCACAUACAGAAUUGUUGACAGAAUAUUUUCACAGGUACCCAGAAAGUUUACCAGUAAUGUUGAAGGAAAAAUGGGAUAUGAAGAUUUUGUUUAUUUCAUUUUAUCCGAAGAAGAUAAAUCAUCAGAGCCGAGUCUGGAAUACUGGUUCAAGUGUGUAGAUUUAGAUGCAAAUGGUGUGAUUACAAGGAAUGAAAUGCAAUUCUUCUAUGAAGAACAGUUGCAUCGCAUGGAAUGCAUGGCCCAAGAGCCUGUUCUUUUUGAAGACAUUUUGUGUCAAAUAGUUGACAUGAUUGGACCAAAGGAUGAAGGGUAUUUUACAUUAGGUGACAUGAAAGGAAGCAAACUUGCAGGAAGUAGUGGGACCGGUUUGCACAUCGGGAAUACAUACGGCUUUCAAUGGAGGAAGAUGCUGAAGACGCCUCUAAUGGUAGUGCAGAUGUCUGGGAUGAAUCUCUUGAAGCCCCUUUCUGAUUUUAAGGUGAAUGAAAUUGAAGAAUUCUUUAAUUUAAGCUUGUGGGUGUGGGUGUGGGUGAUAGAAGGUUGUAAAGUUUUUGGGAUUAGCGGAGUGAGGAAGGAGGAUGUAGAUGAUAUGAUGUGGUUUCAUAGUUGUUGUUGCAGUUGCAUGAUCGAUUCAACUCCUACAGAUUGA